CCUGAUUGGACAAAAAAACAUGCAGGAGCAAUUAGUCCACAUCUCUUUCGAUAUAUAAACAAAGCCAAGUUAGAGAAAUGGCUCAUAGGGAAACCAGAAAAGGAGGCACAAAAAAUACACAGAAAUGGCUGGAGCCUUACCAUGGCUAAUCUUUGCAGCCACCCUGCUGCUAGCAAGCAUCAAAAGCAGCACAGCGUCCAGGAUGGCGAAGCCUGGAUGCAUAGAAACAUGCGGCAACCUCACCAUCCCAUACCCCUUCGGCAUCGGCGAAGGUUGCUUCAGAGAAAGGUUUGAUGUUUCAUGCGAGAAUAACACUGCUUACUGGGGCAACUCAAGCAUCAAUUUCAAGAUCUACGACAUCAGUCUGUUAGAAGGGCAGAUCACAAUCACCACCUUAAUUGCCUCCUCGUGCUUCUCCAACAAGAAACCUGGAUGGGUCUCUUUAAGGACUGGACGGUUAUUUACAGUAUCAACCAAGGCCAACAAAUUAACAGCGAUUGGAUGCAAUACCUUUGCAAUCCUGGGAGGUUAUAACAAGCACAAUUUUGGAGCUGGGUGUUUCUCCAUGUGCAGGGACAAGAAAAGUGUGGAUGAAAGUGGGCAGUGCUCUGGCAUGGGGUGUUGCCAGACAUCUAUCCCGCCAAAAGUUAUUUUCUCCAAUAUAACUUUUGAUGAUAGAUUCAGCAAUUCUGAGGCGAGUAGCUUCAACCCAUGCAGCUAUGCUUUUGUCGCCAAGCAGGACUGGUUCAAGUUCAAGCCUUAUUAUCUUGAUGAUGAUAAGUUCAGAAAGGAAUUCAAUGAUGGUGCUCCGACUGUGCUUGACUGGGUUGCUGGAUAUGAAAAUUGUACCGAAGCGGUGAAGAACACAUCAUCGUAUGCCUGCAUUAGCAAGAAUAGCCAGUGCAUCAACUCACUAAAUGCUACAGGAUAUCUCUGCACCUGCAACAAUGGUUUUGCAGGCAACCCUUACCUUGAAGGAGGAUGCCAAGAUAUCGACGAGUGCAGUUUUCCAGAUCAGUAUCGUUGCCAUGGAAUCUGCAGCAAUACGAUUGGGAGCUACACCUGCAAUCCGAUUGGAGCUAAACUAACAAAAGUGUCUACAGGUGUAGUCAUUGGAAUAGGACUUGGCAGUGCAGCAGGACUCAUAAUUUUGUUUCUUACUGGAUGCGUCAUCUCCGAAAAAAUUAAACACCGAAGGACACAGAUGUUGAAGUGCAAGUUCUAUGAGCAAAACCGUGGACAGUUGUUGGAACAAUUGGUAUCACAGAGAGCUGAUAUUGCAGAAAGAAUGAUCAUACCCUUGGAAGAGCUAGAGAAGGCAACAAACAAUUUUGAUAAAGGUCGUGAGAUUGGUGGUGGAGGACAUGGUACCGUCUACAAAGGGAUUUUAUCGGACCUCCAUGUCGUAGCCAUCAAGAAACCAAAGAAGGUGGUUCAGAGGGAGAUUGAUGAGUUCAUUAAUGAGGUUGCUAUCCUAUCACAGAUCAACCACAGAAACGUGGUCAAGCUCUACGGUUGUUGCCUUGAAACAGAAGUACCCAUGUUGGUCUAUGAGUUCAUAUCCAAUGGAACCCUCUACGAGCAUCUCCACGUCGACGGGCCAAGAUCGCUGCCAUGGAAUGACAGGCUGCGGAUCGCGGUUGAAACAGCCAGAUCUCUAGCUUAUCUUCACUCGACAGCUUCAAUACCUAUCAUCCACAGAGACGUGAAGUCAGCCAACAUACUUCUGGACCAAGCUCUAACAGCAAAGGUAGCAGACUUUGGAGCCUCCAGGUUCAUCUCAGUGGGGAAAUCAGGGCUAACCACGAUGGUUCAAGGUACAAUAGGGUAUCUGGACCCUAUGUACUUCUACACGGGGCGGCUCACGGAGAGGAGUGACGUGUACAGCUACGGUGUGAUGCUCGUCGAACUGCUGACUCGGAAGAAGCCAUUCUCAUAUUUGUCUCCCGAUGGCGAAGGCCUUGUCGCGAAUUUUGUUGCCUUGUUUGAACAAGGCAAUCUGUCGGGGAUGUUAGAUCCACAGGUGACGGAUGAGGGAGGCGAGGAAGUACAAGAAGCUGCUGCGCUUGCGGUAGCAUGUAUAAAAUUAAGAGGCGAGGAUCGUCCAUCCAUGAGACAGGUGGAGCUGACGCUGGAAGGCCUUGGACCAUCUAAGAAGCAUGUUUCAGAGGAUGCUGGGUUCAACAGACUUGACAAGAAUAAUACUAUUACGACAAAUUCUCCAUGGAGCUUAAGAAGCAGUGUUGAGGGAUCGGCUAGACAGUAUACUAUGGAAGCAGAGUUGACCAUGUCUUCAAGGAAUUUCAGCAUGUGCUAUGCUUCUCCUUAUAUUCAUUUUUGCACUACUGAUGGAAUGCCAGAAGAGAAAGCUCAGAAAAGAGAAGAAGGCCUUCUUCCAACAAAAUGGAGGUCUGCUACUGUAUGAGCAAAUCAUGUCAAAGCAUGUUGAUACAGUCAGAAUAUUCACAAGAGAAGAACUAGAGAACGCAACAAACAAUUUUGACUCAAGCAGAGAACUAGGAAGAGGCGGCCAUGGAACUGUUUACAAGGGAAUUCUCAAGGACAGCAGAGA